AUGGCAGCUGUCAGGACAUGGGGUUUCUCUCAGCCUGCUGCGGAGAGAAUACGGUCCCUGAUUACCGCUGGACGACAUGCUACGGACGCUGUAGAGGACGCCAUUGCAGGUUGGCAUGAGUUGGCAUGGGUGACCCACCGACUACAGUUAAGCAAAGCAGCAUCUCUAUUUAUUAUUAUUAUCUUUUAACAUUUUAGUCAUUUAUCAGACACUCUUAUCCUGAGCGACUUACAGUUAGUGCAUUCAACUUAAGAUAGCUAGGUGGGACAACCACAUAUCACAGUCAUAGUAAGUACAUUUUUCCUCAACAAAGUAGCUAUCAGCAAAGUCAGAGGUAGUAAGAGGGAAAAGAGUCAAGUGUGAGUGUUAGUUCAUGAAAGGGGGGGGGGGGGGGGGGGGGGGGGGGGGGGGGGUUGUGGGAUUAUUUAAGAUACUCUUUGAAGAGGUAGGGUUUCAGAUGUUUUUGGAAGAUGGGCAGGGACUCUGAUGUUCUAGCUUCAGGGGGAAGCUGGUUCCACUAUUGGGGUGCCUGGACAGAGAAGAGCUUGGACUGGGCUGAGCGGGAGCUGGGGUGGGAGGGCCAAGAGACCAGAGGUGGUAGAACGCAGUACUCUGGUUUGGGUGUAGGGUUUGAGCAGAGCCUGAAGGUAGGGAGGCGCAGUUCUUCUUGCUGCUCCGUAGGCAAGUGCCAUGGUCUUGUAGUGGAUGCGAACUUCGACUGGAGCCAGUGCGGAGGAUUGAGGUGACAUGGGAGAAUUUGGGAAGGUUGAACACCAGGCGGGCUGCAGCAUUCUGGAUAAUUUGCAGGGGUUUGAUGGCACAAGUGGGGAGCCCAGCCAACAGCGAGUUGCAGUAGUCCAGACGGAAGUUGACAAGUGCCUGGAUUUGGACCUGCGCCGCUUCCAGGGUGAGGUAGUGUCGUACUCUACGGGUGUUGUAGAACAGGAACCUGCAGGAGCGAGUCACUGCUUUUAUGUUUGCAGAGAGCGACAGAGUGUUGUCCAGGGUCACGCCAAGGUUAUUUGCACUCUGGGAGGGGGACACUGUGGAGUUAUCAACCGUGAUGGAGAGGUCUUGGAGCAGGCGGGCCUUCUUCGGGAGGAAGAGCAGCUCCGUCUUGUCGAGGUUGAGCUUGAGGUGGUGGGCCGACAUCCAAGCUCCAGAUAUCUACCAGGCACAUGAGAUGCAUGUCCCCACCUGGGUGUUAGAAGGGGGGAAGGAGAAAAGUAGUUGAGUUGUCAUCCCCAUAGCAAUGAUAGGAGAGACCAUGUGAGGAUAUGACAGAGCCAGUGACUUGGUGUAUAGAGAGAAGAGGAGAGGGCCUAGAACUGAGCCCUGGGGGACACCAGUCAUGAGAGUAUGUGGUGCAGAGACAGAUCCUCUCCACGUCAUCUGGUAGGAGAGGCCUGCCAGGUAGGAUGCAAUCCUAAACUGUGCAGAGCCUGAGACACCCAGCCCUGAGAGGGUGGAGAGAAGGAUCUGAUGGUUCAUGGUGUCGAAGGCAGCGGAUAGAUCUAGGAGGAUGAGAACAGAGGAGAGAGAGUCAGCUUUGGCAGUGCAGAGAGCCUCUGUGACACAAAGAGCAGUCUCAGUUGAGUGACCCGUCUUGAAGCCUGACUGGUUAGGGUCAAGAAGAUAAUUCUGAGAGAGAUAGCGAGAGAGUUGGUCAGAGACAGCACGCUCAAGUGCUUUGUAAAGAAAAUAAAGAAGGGAGUUUUUGUAGUUUUUGACAUCAGCAGGGUCGAGUGUUGGUUUCUUGAGAAGGGGAGCGACUCGGGCCAUUUUGAAGUCAGAGGGGAUGCAGCCAGUGGUCAGGGAUGAGUUGAUGAGGGAAGUGAGGAAUGGGAGAAGGUCUCCAGAGAUGGUCUGGAAAGGGAGGAGGGGAUGGGGUCGAGCGGGCAGGUUGUUGAGCGGCCGGACCUCACUAGUUGCAGCAUUUCAUGUGGAGAGAGAGGGGAGAAAGAGGUCAAGGCGUAGGGUAGUUCUGUGUGAGUGGGACCAGUGGAUUCAAUAGGCUGAAUGAAUGAGGAGUGGAUGUCGUCAACCUUCUUUUCAAAGUGGUUGACAAAGUAAUCUGUAGAGAGGGAGAAGAGAGGGGUGGAGGAUUAAGGAGGGAGGAGAAGAUGGAAAAUAUUUUCCUAGGGAGGCAGAAGCUUGAAAUGUAGAGUGAUAGAGAGUGGCUUUAGCAGCAGAUACAGAGGAAGAUAAGGUAGAGAGGAGGGAGUGAAAGGAUGAUAGGUCCUCCGGAAGUUUAGCUCUCCCUUAUUUUCACUCAGCCGCCCGCAGCCCUGCUCUGUAAGCUCGCAAUAAGUCACUCAGCCACAGAGCAGAAGGGGAGGAUGGAGCCGGCCAGGAAGAAAGUGGACAGUGCGAGUCAUAGGAUGCGGAAAGGGAGGAUAGUAGGGUUGAAGAGGCAGAAUCAGGAGACAGGAGGGAGAAGGAUUUAGAAGAAGGAAGAGAUGAUAGGAUAGAAGAGGAGAGAGUAGCGGGAGAGAGAGAGCGAAGAUUGCGACGGCGCAUGACUAUCUGGGUAGGGGCAAACAGCCUCUAAUAAAGAUGAGGUCAAGCAUAUUGCCUGCCUUGUGAGUGUGAGGGGACUGGGAAAGGGUGAGGUCAAAAGAGGCAAGGAAGGGAAGAAAGAGUUGGAAAUAAAUUAAUCAAAGUCGGACGUCGGGAGGUUGAAGUCACCCAGUACGAAUAGCGGUGAGCCAUCGUCAGGAAAUUAGCUUAUCAAGGUGUCAAACUCAUUGAGGAACUCUCUAUGGUGGGCGAUAGAUUAAAACAAUGUUAAGCUUGACUGGACAAGUGACAGUGACAGCAUGGAAUUCAAAUGAGGAGAUGGACAGGUGAGUGAGGGAGAAAAUAGAAAAUCUCCACUUCGGAGAAAUGAGCAGCCCUGUGCCACCACCGCAAAGACCAGGUGCUCUCGGACUAUGAGAAAAAAAGGUUGUCAGAUAAAGACAGAGCAGUUGGAGUAGCAGCGUUCUCUGGGGUGAUACAUGUCUCUGUCAGGGCCAGAAAGUCUAAGGACUGAAGGGCAGCAUAGGCUGAGAUGAACUCAGCGUUCUUGACCGCAGAUCGGCAGUUCCAAGCGCUGCUGGUGUUGGCAGGGUACACUAAAGGGUUGCAGCCAAGUGGUGGGGAGCGCCUGUAAAGCCAACAGGGAGAGGGGUGAACUGGGAUAGAAAACACACAUAUAGUUGCCAAAGCUAAAAAAUAGCAAAAUGAGAUCAUCUGAAAAUAACUAAGUAAGAUACUAAAGUGAGAGAGUGGUGUGGAACUUUACUCUUUCCUUCCUCGAAUAACUCAGCAGAACCAUCUUUGUUUCGGCAACGGUCUUAGUUUUGAUAACAAGACCACCGCUGACACAAAACCACAACAGUCACAAAUUGCCCUGCCCCUUAAUCCUGAUGUGUCAACAAUCAUCUGCAAGUUAUGAGCAGUCAGCAGUGGUCUAAGGCACUGCAUCUCAGUGCUUGAGGCGUCACUACAGACCCCCUGGUUCGAUUCCAGGCUGUAUCACAACCGGCCGUGAUUGGGAGUCCCAUAGGGCGGCGCACAAUUGGCCCAGCGUCUUCCGGGUUUGGCCGGUGUAGGCCGUCAUUGUAAAUAAGAAUUUGUUCUUAACUGACUUGCCUAGUUAAAUAAAGGUCAAAUAGAUAAAUAAAUAAACACACCAAGUAGGCUACUGGGAAGACAGCCAGCAUUUUAAAGUAGAUGGUCCUAGCUAGCAAAAAGACAGUACUAGACAACAACAGAUUAAGUAAAAAAAUCUGGAGUACUCUAGCUAUAGAAUGAAGCAUUAUGAUACUCUUGUGUUUCUUCCAGAGGUUGAAGAUGACCCAGAGACUGGGCAUCACAUUGUGGAGAGGGGAGGAUUCCCUAACAGUGGGGGAGUGGUGGAGUGUGAUGCUGCCAUCAUGGAGGGCAUCGCCGGCAGGUUCGGGGCAAUCGCAGCACUACGAUGGUGAGAGAACCACCUGCUGAAACCACUGCCAUGGGAAAGAGAUGUCUGUGAAAAUAAAUACUCAUAGGGAAACCCAUUGAUAAAUGUACUGUCUGUACGGUAUAAAACUAUGAUUUCCAGGGUUGGACAGAAACCCCCACAGACUGCUGGUUGGGGAUGGAGCAGCAGCUUUCGCCAGGGAGCAAGGCUUUACUAUAGAGCCCAAUGACAACAUGCUGAGUGCACAGUCAGCCAAGGCUUACUAGGUACCAAUACUCCAUGGGGGAAAAUGGCAUGGAUAACUAUUUUAAAUAUAAAAGACAGAUAUUGGUAAACUAAAAUUUUAACUCAUAGUUGCAGGACUUUCUGGAACAGAAGCAAAGUGUCAGUGGACAUGACUGAAACUUGCUUUUUAAACAUUUGUAUUUAUCAUGUUUUCCUGCUCAUUGUAGAACAUUGAGUGACAGUAGAACACGUAGCUAUCAGAUGAGUUGGGUUGAAUGCGGAAGACACAUUUCAGUUGAAUGCAUUCAGUUGUACAACUGACUAAGUAUCCCCCUUUCCCUUUCCUUUAUUGUAACAUAACUGAAAACAACUGAUAAUGUAUGACUGAUACUUGUGCAGUAAAUUGUUUGGUCCUCUAGGGGGAGUCCUAAUCCAUAUAAUCAAAUUAGUCUGGGUUGUCUAUUACAUAAUUUAUUGGUCCUGUUCCGACAUCACCUGUUUUGAUCUGGAAUCUCCUUAUAAUAGUCUUGAUUCCCCCAUCUCCAAUAUGAAUGUUUCUCAUCUCGAUUAAAUAACUCCACUUUCCCUUUUUUCCAUAAUUUUGAUUACUGACCAUUCCUGCAAGGCAAGUUGGUACAAUACAUCUGUGGACCCAGGUCUAAAAGUGCAGGUUACAUAUUUAUUAGCACAUCUAACACCUUCUCAUCUUCCCUAUCUCAACAGGACUUAUAGUGAAAGUUAGACAACAUGGGGAACAUAACUGUUCGUGAGGAAAUUGGUGUCUUCUGUUUGUUUUAGUUUUUUGCUCUUUCUUCCUUAUUAUGCAAGGGUGUUUUCACAUAUAGUCCUCUUUAAAGGAACCGAUAUCAGUCCUCUUUAAAGUGAACUCUGGGGUAAAAAAAAAAGCUAAUGAACCCAGUUCUCUUUGUAUUCACACUGCCCUUGCCUUUGAAUGAGGACUCAACUAUUUUGCCAGUUCACUUCAACUACUUUGUGGACUGAGACCUCUUUGCCUUUGAAUGAGGACUCAACUCUUUUGCCAGUUCACUUCAACUACUUUGUGGACUGAGUCCUCUUUGCAUUCACAUUGCUAUGUUUAGAAAGGAACCAAGAUCUUUUUCCAACAUGCACUCUGGGUUAUUACAAAGUGCAGGACAAGCCAUUCAAUCAGAAUGUGUAAUCGGAGAGGUAGAUAUACCUACUUACAUUUUGGAAACUAAUAGAUUGCAUUUAGUUAAAAUAUGACACAUAAUAAUUGUAAUCAGAAGAUACUAUUAAUAUGUAGAUUUGUUUGGUAACAGAAUAAAUAGCAAUAGAAUAACUGCAGAAUAAAUAAUGCUGUAAUUGAAAAUUGCACACCCAAGGUAGGUUAGUGCCUCUUGAAGCUCUCUUAGCCUAUAGAUCACAUAUUGCAAACAAAUAAUCUGAACUAAAAACUCCACACAUUUUGGAAUUUCUGUGCGUCCUUGACAAUCGCUAAUCAAUAUACAAAAACAGCACACAUUUAUUUCUGCGAACCUGCACAUCGUCAUCUUCUCUCUUUUGUGGCACCAAUGUGAGGGUUUAUGGAAGGGGAAACGCUGUUGCAGUAGUCUAGUGUGUGGUGCGGGAAUAAUGACAAGCGAACCUGGGGAGCUUUGCGUUCACAUUGUCCUAAAAAAGGGAACCGGAUCACGGAAUUCAAGCGAACCGAACUCAGACCACCUCUGGAGAUUGUCUCAGUUCGCUUCGCUUCGGGGGCUCUUUUGAGUGGUCUGAGUUCCUUUGGAGUGUUCACUCUGCACAAAAAAUUAAGCGAACAGCAUUGAGUUCACAAAAAUUGGCUGAAAGGGACCAAGUGUGAAAACCAGUGGAGGCUGUUGAGGGGAGGACGACUCAUAAUAAUGGCUGGAACGGAGUUAAUGGAAUGCCAUUCCACUCAUUCCGCUCCAGCCAUUACCACGAGCCCAUCCUCCCCAAUUAAGGUGCUAUGAACCUCCUGUGGUGAAAACACCCUAAAAGACAUUCAUUGACUAUUAAUUUUCCAAAUCUAGAGAUACUUCCACAGUAGCUACAGUAUGAGGUCAGGUUGUAAUAUUAUCAUUCAGCUGAUUUGCUCAUGUCCUAUUUUUCAGGAGUUUUUACUUCAGGUGCCCCCUUAAAAUCACCAGGGAGGGUGGGAGACUCGCCCCUGUCGGGCUGUGGCCUAUACACUGAACACAUGGCAAGUUUACAGCUACCAAAAUGAACUCAGUCAAAGAACUGCACACACUGAUGAACUUUUUCCCCUCAGUGUUUUAGUAGUCUUUUCUGGAUAGUUGUGUUAUGUGACAUACUACAUAAUUAAUUCAUGUUACUGCAUGUUUGUUGAUCCUACAAAGACUGAAUGAAGGUUUAUGUAACGUUUGAAUACAUUAUUGUAAUGUUAAUGUAAACAGUCUAUUUAAACCAGUACAAUAUUCAAUGGACAAGUGGGGCAAGUAAAGUGAAUGUAGAAUUGUUGGGGACACACACACACACACACAUUUUUUGGCCUUAUUCCAAAAACCUAGAAACAGUCUCUCUUUGACCUGGAUACUAUCGCCUGGGAGUGGAGGAAAUAAUCUUUACACUUUUUUUAUUUAUUUUUUUACACACCCAUGUCUCUGUACCAGUACGCUUGAGGGAAUCUUAUUCAUAGACAAUUCACCACACACCACAGUUUAGCAUCUUAUGAUCAAUAAGAAAACACUAGAGCAAAGGAAACGAAUGUUGAAUUGAAAGAGAUGUGAAUAUUAAAACAGACUUGUUGUUUUUCAGGUGGGGGCCACUGAAGGUACAGUAUGUGAACUAUAUAUAUAUUUUUUGUUGUUGUUGCAUGCUCAAAUAUGCUUGACAUUAUACUUUCAUAAGGAUUCUUCUCUUAUCAGCCACAGGUAAUGGUGAUCAAAUAAUGUGUCAUUGCCAAAGCUUUUAUGCAGUUCAACUGAUGAAACAGGCAGUGUUAUCAGAUUAUCAAGCCAUAAAUCAUUUUACGUUGUCAACCUUAUACUGAGUCAGGUGUAGGUUUGAUGUGCCCUGUGGUUAAGAUGUUUGAGCAGCCACACUGUCCCUUGAAAUCUAUCCAGCUAUAAUUCACACAGCAUUAGCCUGCCUGGAACUUGACCUCCCCCUUACCUCAAUUGACUCCCUGUCUCUCCCUCAGGAGUCAUCAUCCAACGAGGCCUGUCACGCUGUCCUGGAUGACAUCAUCAGGAGGACUGCCCCAGACAGGUGCUUUGAGAUUGGACUCAUCGCCCUGAACGCGAUGGUGUCUUUUCUACUCUUAUAUUAUAGAAAUUGAGUGGUCAUUGCUAUAUACAGUGCAGUCAGGAAGUAUUCAGACCCCUUAACUUUUUCCACAUUUUGUUACGUUGCAGCCUAAUUCUAAAAUGGAUGAAAUCGUUUUUUUCCAUCAUCAAUCUACACACAAUACCCCAUAAUGACAAAGCAAAAACUGAUUUUUUGACAUUUUUGCAAAUGUAUUAAAACUUAAAAAUGGAAAUAUCACAUUUAUAUAAGUAUUCAGACCCUUUACUCAGUACUUUGUUGAAGGACCUUUGGCAGCGAUUAUAGCCUCGAGUCUUCUUGGGUAUGACGCUACAAGUUUGGCACACCUGUAUUUGGGGAGUUUCUACCAUUCUUCUCUGCAGAUCCUCUCAAGCUCUGUCAGGUUGAAUGGGGAGCGUCGCUGCACAGCUAUUUUCAGGUCUCUCCAGAAAUGUUCGAUCAGGUUCAAGUCCGGGCUCUGGCUGGGCCACUCAAGGACAUUCAGAGACUUGUCAUGAAGCCACUCCUGCGUUGUCCUGGCUGUGUGCUUAGGGUCGUUGUCCUGUUGGAAGGUGAACCUUCGCCCCAGUCUGAGGUCCUGAGCGCUCUGGAGCAGGUUUUCAUCAAGGAUCUCUCUGUACUUUGCUCCGUUCAUCUUUCCCUCAAUCCUGACUAGUCUCCCAGUCCCUGCCGCUGAAAAACAUCCCCACAGCAUGAUGCUGCCACCACCAUGCUUCACCGUAGGGAUGGUGCCAGGUUUACUCCAGACGUGAUGCUUGGCAUUCAGGCCAAAGAGUUCAAUCUUGGUUUCAUCAGACCAGAGAAUCUUGUUUCUCAAGAUCUGAGAGUCCUUUAGGUGCCUUUUGGCAAACUCCAAGCGGGCUGUCAUGUGCCUUUUACUGAGGAGUGGCUUCCGUGUGGCCACUCUACCAUAAAGGCCUGAUUGGUGGAGUGCUGCAGAGAUGGUUGUCCUUCUGGAAGGUUCUCCCAUCUCCACAGAGGAACUCUGGAGCUCUGUCAGAGUGUCCAUCGGUUUCUUGGUCACCUCCCUGACCAAGGACCUUCUUCCCCGAUUGCUCAGUUUGGCUGGGCGGACAGCUCUAGGAAGUGUCUUGGUGGUUCCAAACUUCUUCCAUUUAAGAAUUAUGGAAGCCACUGUGUUCUUGGGGAUCUUCAAUGCUGCAGACAUUUUUUGGUAUGCUUCCCCCGAUCUGUGCCUCGACACAAUCCUGUCUCGGAGCUCUAGGGACAAUUCCUUUGACAUGCACUUCUUCUUCUUCUUCUUCUUCUUCUUCUUCUUCUUCUUCUUCUUCUUCUUCUCAGAGGUUUAUUGGCAGACUACAAUCAUAAGGUGUAUUGCCGCCACCUACUGUACAGGACAGUAAAAAUGUUUUGGGGAUGAACAAAUCAUGCUAAUUACCUAAAAGUAAAUAAACAUGAACCAAAUUUACGCUACUAUCCUGAAUUUAAAACAAAAUCGGUACUAUUCAGAUCCCUACACAGGCUCAGGAAUCUCGGAGGGGGGAACCGCUUCAUUCAGCACUCAUUUCGUCUGUUGAGUCCUGGAGAUCCAGAAAUCUAUUUGCCGCCUUCACAAUGAUGUCUAGCUUCUUAGAUUUUUUAUUAUUUUGACUAGUCCAAUUUAUCACUUGCGCUAUAAACACAACAAAGUCCACCUUCUUCACUAUUAGUAUGUUCGGGAUCCUUCUCCUGCAUGGCAUUCACUACAGACUGUGGGACAUCCACUACCAUCUCCUCUCUACUUACUCCUUCAGUUAUUUUCACUACCUCCACAUAGGAGACCUGCUGGAUGGCCCUGAUCCUAGCCACUGCGAUCUCCUUCAUCCGUACAGGGCACUCCGGGAACGUGAUUCCAAUCACAAUUACAACAACAUGCUUCAUCUGACACUUCAACAACUAUAAAUGUAUUUCUUCGACAAACACUUGACACGUGUCAAAACUUAACAAUUGUAACACUGCAACGGCUUCUUUACAUACGGUCUCACCGCAUAUCUCACAUACCCAAGUUUUGCAUAAGUUGGGAGAACCACUUCACCAAACGACAGUAAAACCGAUAGGCUUUGCUCCUUCCUUCCGUCUAUCAUUUGAUUCAAUCGACGUGCGUCUACCACUCCUGGAAUGUUAUCCCUAAACCACACAGCCUCUAUGUCCAAUAAAACACCAUUACUCUGAAAAUCAUAGCUUUCCACAUCAUACGUCGAGAUCUUGUUGAGCCACAGAGCUAUUUCCCUUUGCACUGUUGACACACACAAAAUCAGCAUCAUACUGCUCCUGGUCACUCAAACCGAUUCCACUUUACCCAAUUUGUCCUUCACCAUCUUUGAGACCGCAAACGGGUCACCCAAAAAAACAUCCUUGCUCGUGGAUCGCACUCCAACCAUAAACUGCUGUUCAUUUCCAACUUUAGUCCUUUUCACGCCACUCUUCUUCACCAUCGUCCACUCAUUCUCACCAACUGUAAUCGCGCCAAGAGAAUCACACAAUACUUCCGCUUCCGCCGUUGCUCCUCCAGCCAUCCCCCGGACUCCCUCACUCUUUGCUGUAAAAGAUGCAAGAGUUUGUGUUCUCGAAGUAGCACCCAUAUUGUUCUCAUUCCAGCACAGCUGUUGCUUCACCAACUUUUUCUCCAUUUCAUCCACACUCCUCGCUGCCAUUUCCCUUCCUGACCAUGUCCUGACAUGCACUGUCAACUGUGGGACCUUAUGUAGACACGUGUGUGCCUUUCCAAAUCAUGUCCAAUCAAUUGAAUUUACCACAGGUGGACUCCAAUCAAGUUGUAGAAACGUCUCAAGGAUGAUCAAUGGAAAAAGGAUGCACCUGAGCUCAAUUUCGAGUCUCAUAGCAAAGGGUCUGAAUACUUAUGUAAAUAAGGUAUUUCUGUUUUGUCAUUAUGAGGUAUUGUGUGUAGAUUGAUGAGGGAAAAUGUUAAUUUAAUCAAUUUUAUAAUAAGGCUGUAACGUAACAAAAUGUGGAAAAGUCAAGGGGUCUGAAUACUUUCCGAAUGCACUAAGAGCUUUACAUUAAGUGGCAAACAAGCCAGCUUGGGUCUUUCUGUCUCCUCGACUCCCUAACACUAGAUUGAAACCUGUCCUCUGUCCUUUCAGUGGAGUUUCCCUAAACAUUCUGGAACCAGGGGAAUUAUUCUUUGGAAACAAGUACUCAGCUUCCACAUUCCACAGUAACAGAGGGCACAGAAAAAUGUGA